AGUCAGGCUCCUAGCGCGCUACCUAAAGGGUCCUUCCGUGUAAACGCAACAUGUGAAAUGUGUUUUUAGGUUGACACUUUGCGUGAAUGCGAUCAUAUUUGUCACUUUACAUUUUUCUUUCACGCUUUUACAACUUUUUUCACUGUAGCUUCUUCGAACAUGCUGAAACCUGAUUAGCUGUGUUGACAGACGCGUGCAAAAUGAGCUCUGAGGUGUGCCCAUUCUGCGGGAAAGCUUUCAAAAGGUUGAAGAGUCAUCUGCCACAUUGUAAGGCAGCAAGCUCCAAAACCCCUCCAACCAAACACGAUGUCCCGGGGAAUCAGACAACAUCGUCUUCUCAGCUCACUGCAAAUUUGUCCAAACCAACAGCAGACUCGACACAGACAUUGUCAAAAGAAACAAGUCCACAAUCAAAGAAGAGUAAUAAGAUGUCUCUGGCAUCAGCAGCAGAAACAACACAGCCAUCGGCCCCGAGUUCUGCAUCACUUCCAACAUCAGCUAAGAAGAAGAAACAGAAGCUGUCCGAACAAACAGCCAACUUUCCCUCAUCUACAACCAACUCUAUUACCUCCCCAUUGCAACCUUCCACUAUCUCUAAACCCAAAAAGCAGAGUCUCCGAGCUUUGAUAGAAGCGGAAAAAUCCAAACCGGUUUCUAAGGGCACACUGGAGGGGACUAGAUCUGCCUCGGAGGACCUGCCCAAAACUAACCCUGACAAAAACUCAAUAAAAGUGGCCAAACCCACUAAAGCCAAGACGUCAAAGACGAAAAAGGCAGCUGCACAAUCCUUUUCUACAGCAAAAGAUACCUCUACCUCUCUGGGCUCUAAAGAUGUCAGAGACAACCUCUGGGUGGACACUGAAGGGAAAGUGGAGGAUUUAUCUGAAAAUGAGAUGUUCUUGAAAUCAAAAAGCGGUCACCAGGCCAGGAUUACCCUCCAGGGAGUUAGAGCCAUGUUAGGCCGAGAUAAUGUGGCCCGUCAGUCCAGAACCGCAAGCAUACUGAGCCAGAUAGAUACUGCGGAUGAUCUGAGCAGCAAAAUCAGUCUCAGUGCAGUCCCUCUCCCAACAGGGAAUACAGACAGCUGCUUGGUUACAAUUAAUACUCUGUCAGACCAGCCACCUUGCACCCCUGCACAACAUACAGAGCUACAAUCAGUUAUGAGAAUAAGUUCAAAGUCUAAACAAUUAUCACUAAUCCCCCUGCAACAGUUAGAGCUAACCCCCCCUGCAGCUCCCCUCUCUAGUGGCCCUCUACCGUCUCAGACGAGCAAGGACACGUCCCCUCCACGUACUGUCGGCAUGCAUGAGGGGAUGAAGGUUCCAGGACUCAUCACAAUAUCAUCAUCGCUCACAAGGUUUUCCCGCCCUCUGACGGCACUGAGGUGUGACACAUCGAGAGCUGAUGAUGGGUUGAAGAUGCGGCACGAGGUCAGGAACCAAAACACUGCUGAUGGUACUAAAGGUGCUCUGACAGAGCGGAGUCUUGGACAAGUGAGACUGAGGGAGUUGCCUCAGUGGCUGGCCUACAAAACCCCCAGCCAUCCUAAAGAUGUAGUGAAAAUGGUGCAAGGAGGCUGGCAGUGGUAUAACAAGAAGUAUUUUGAAGUGAAGAAAGGUGGAAUAGGUGGCCUGAGCAUGUUGUUAGCAGGAUACUGUGCUAUCAGCUACAUCUGGAGUUACUCUCAUAUAAAGCGAGAUCGCAGGAGGAAGUACCACUAAUGUCAGGGGAGGAUGUUAGGACAAGCGUGACUCUGUAUAAGAAAACCUCUAUCUAUUCUCUUUAUAGUAAUAUAAUUAGCCCAGAUCCAAACAUUUCCACAUAUGUAAUGUAUUGAAGCUCACCUAGAUAGGAAACUACAAACAGCAGCUAGUUAGCUUAGCAUAAAGACUUGAAACACGGACAAACAGCUAGCCUCGCUCUUUCAAAUUGCUAAUCUACCUACCAGCACUUUUAAAAGCGCCCUGUAUUUUUUAUCUAAUUUGUUUUAUCCGUAGAAUAACAGUUGUGUGGUUGUAUGCCUUUUCCCACCACUCCAGUUGCAGUAUAUCAUUUUAUCGUAUUAGACAUUUGUGGGAAAUUUGUAUAAUUAGCGUAUGACUUUGUGAGUUAUGUCCACAAAUGGGUUUUGUAAGGUCACAGUGACCUUUAACGUUUGACCUUCAACUUCUGAUCAGUUCCACCUCGAGUCAAAGUGGACGUUUGUGCUAAAUUUGAAGAAAUUCCCUCCAGGCGAUCCUGACAUAAUGUGGUUCACGAGUAUGGGGCAGAUAACCCAGAAAACUUGAUGCCUCCGGUCACGGCAAUUUAGCUGUUUCCAGGCCUUAUGCUAAGCUAACCAGUUGCUGUCCGUAGCCUUAUAUUAUAGACAGGAAGAAAUAAGGUAUUCAUUAUCUUAUUUAACUAUUGAACAGAAAGGGAAUACGUUAUUUAUCUAAAAUGUAUAACUAUUCCUUUAGAACUUGAGGGGUAGUAAUUCUGACAGUAGCAGUUUCAUUCAACUUUGCACCUGCAUUAGUCAUAUGAAGUGAAAGCUGUGUGCACUGCAUCAAAUUAUUUAUUUACUUGUAUAUGUUUGUAUUAUUUAAAUAUAGUUUAAUUUGUAUCUUGUUUUACUUUGAGAAGUAAACAUUUUCUAAAGAACCACUGAAUAUUCGUUUUUAUUGUGAUUUAUUUAGUCCCACUGUUGUUCCAAAGGGCUCCACUAGGUGUCAUUGUUGUGUUUUGUUACUAAAACCAAAAGGGCUUGGCAGUCAAAUGUUUGCUAUGCAGUUUUCUUAGCUCCUUUGUGCAGAGGCAAUGGGGCUGGGGUCCAUGAGGGGAUUAAAGGGAACCAAGAGAUUUUUUAACUUGAUUAAAAUCUUGCUGUGGCAGUGCAGAUUCAGACAAAAAUGAACAUGUCCUGACUUCAGAAUGUGCAGAAAGAUCUUAUCUAGGCUAACAAAUGUGUUUUUCCUUUUGGAUAUGCUUCCCUGUCACAUGAUGUUAUUAUGCAUGCUUAGUCUGCCGGUGCCUGUAUGUGAACACUCACAGAAUAGUAAUGGAGGGACGCUGAAGGAGGAUCUGGUCUGGACUGCAGCGUAUUGUUAUUGUAUUCAAAAUUAAUUUAUUGUUGACUCUCUUUGCUGCUGUAGUGAACACACAUUGGCUACAAAUGAAGAAAUUACAGUAUUUUUGUAACCAUUUUUCUCGACUCCACUUCAUAGCCAACACAAUAAAAAAUAAUUUCCAUUUUCUCAUUUACUUUGUUCGUUUUUUUUUUUACAUUCUUUUUUUUUUCUCCAUACAAAAAUUAUAAAUAUUUUGUGUUUCACUUUUCAUUUUUGUACAAAACAACAAACUAUACAAAUCAAGUGAGACAAAACGACAGUGAAAAUGAAGGAAGAAAAACAUCAUUGAACUCAACAGGGGAGGAAAAAGCACAGUAUGUUUCAACCAGGCCCUCGGACACUGAAGUGCAUCCAGAUAACAUGAACCAGCACUUACUAACUUUCCCGUAGAGCGCUAUAGAGGCACAAAGUCUUGCAGCAGCCACUUAAAUAAGCAAAUCUCACAUGACCCUUACAUGACAGAGAUUUCCUUUCAAAGAGGGAGUUUUUUUCUCAUUGUGAACUGGUAGAUAUAGGAGAACUAUAAAGGUUGAGGCAGAGAUACAGGCUUGCUGCGAUGGCCACUGGCACUCAGACACAAAAAUAAGAAGUUUGUUCUCUAUCCCCCCCCCCCCAUGCAAAAGGCCUUCAGUCUGCUCCUGUAGCAGAUAGGUGACACUAUCCAGAGUCAGCGUUUAACCAAGCUUUGGUGCUGUGUCGGUUUGUAAAUUGCUUUGUCUUGCUUCUACUAUAGUGCAGAUCUCUGUAGGUUUGCUAAAAAAUGCACUUAAAAAAAAAAUACUUGGCCAAUAUUUCAUUCUAUAGCAUGAUAAAAAUUGAAUGAUAAAUUCAGUUUGGACUAUAAAAACUACAAAAAAAGAAUCAAGACAUAACCAUUACACACUAGGAGCUUUAGGGGCACAGCUCCAGAGGAAACACUACAAAUCUGUUGUCCCCAGCACAAAGACGUAAAGAUCUGACUGGGAUUCUGGACAAAGCCACUUUUUCUCCUAUUUCGAGUUUUGGUUGCGCUGCUGAGAGGGUAAAAGAGAGGAAAUGCUUUCAAACCAACUGGAAAGUGAUGAAAACAUCCUGUGAGACUGAGUGAACGUGAAUAAAGUCAAGAGUAUGCUAAUCAAACAACCCAACUACAUGAAAAUAUAGUCAUAGACCAGUGUGUAUGUGUCCAGAGUAACACACACACACUGCCAUGUCACU